CACAGCUAGAAGGCUUCCUGGUUAUAGUUGUUCAGCAGGUGUGAGGAUGGGACACGCUUGGCUUUACGUGCUGUUCUUGUUCAGCUCAGUCAUCAGUGGAUUCACCCAAGGUCCCAUUCAAGCCACUGUGGUCCUGAAUCCAAACGGGCCUCUGAUAUACAAAGGUGAGAAAUGUAUUCUCCACUGUCGGAUCCCAGGAGGAGAAGGAAUAAAAUGGACAUAUGAAUGGAGACCAACCAGGUUAAAUAAACCUGAAACAUCCAAUGAAUACAUUAACAUACAUUCAGCUAAUGAGUCUCAUAGUGGAGAAUACAGCUGCAGAGGAACUAAUGGGAGUGACUCAACAGCCUGGAGCGAUGUUGUCAUAUUAACUGUGUAUAAAGUCUCUGUGUCUCCAUCAUGGCUGAGUCCUGGAGCCUCAGUGACUCUGAGCUGUGAGGUUCAACAUCCACCUGCAGGAACCAGGUUCUUCUGGUAUAAAGCUGUUCCUGAUCCAUCAAACAUCUUCUACAACUAUGAGCUGCUGCCUGGCAGCUCCAAUGGGACUGAUGAGAACGUCUACAUUGUUCAUGGACUCAAUAACACAGCAGGUUAUGUGUGUGAAGCAGGAAGUGGAAAACCAACUAACAGAAAUCCAACUUUUGUCUGGUCAGCAGAUCCUCGUCCAGCAGCUUCUCUCUCAGUGAAUCCUGACAGAGUUCAACACUUCAGAUCUGAAUCUGUGACUCUGAACUGUGAGGGAAACUCUGCUGAGUGGAGAGUGAAGAGGUUUAUAGAAACAGGAAAACUGUCAGACUGCUCCAUCUGGGGGACAAUGAAUGGAUCUACAUGCACCAUCAACAUGAACUGGUCUGAUAGUGGAGUUUACUGGUGUGAGUCUGGAUCAGGAGAGUUCAGCAAUGCAGUGAACAUCACUGCACAUGACAUUAAUAAUAUAAUCCUGCUGAGUCCUGUUCAUCCUGUGACUGAGGGAGAUCCUGUUACUCUGAGCUGCAGAGAUAAAAAACAACAACUUCUCUCCAAUGUGUUUUUCUAUCAUAAUGAUAAACUCCUCCAUGACAGCAGAGAGGAGCUGAAGAUCUCUGCAGUGUCAAAGUCAGAUGAAGGUUUCUACAAAUGUCAACAUUCAGGAAAAGAUUCACCAAGGAGCUGGAUGUCUGUUAGAGUAACUGUAUCCAGUCCUGUCAGCUCUUCAUUUCGUGUGAUGUUGAUCGUUGGACCAGUUGUUGGAGUCGUUCUCUUUAUUCUCUUUAUUCUCAUCAUUCUCCUGCUGUCAUGGUGGCGCUGCAGUCGGUCCAAAUAUUCAUGGUGCAUCAGGUCAGAGGUCAGCAGUCAGAGCUCCUCCACAAAUCAAGGACUCAACCAGGCAGAGACUCAAGUUUACAGCUCUCUGCUUUAUGGUGAUACUUCUGAGUAUGAAACAAUCCAGCCAGCCUCUAACAAUAGGAGGCCUGUUAACCCAGAGGACGAUCACAUUUACACAAAUUUGAACAACAGAAAACAAAGGUAG